AUGGCCCGCCUAAUCCCCCUCACGAUCCUGGCGUCCGCCGCACUGCCGGGAGCCCUCGCCUGGGGUGCUCUAGGCCAUGCAACUGUCGCCUAUGUCGCGACUAACUUCGUCGCCCCCGAGACAAAGACAUACAUGCAGCAGCUCCUCGGCGACACCAGCGACAAUUACCUCGCCAGCGUCGCCAGCUGGGCCGACACGUACCGCUACACGGCCGAGGGCAAGUACAGCGCGCCCUACCACUUCAUCGACGCCCUCGACGACCCGCCCCAUUCGUGCGGCGUCGACCUCGAGCGCGACUGCGGGGCUGAGGGGUGCAUCAUCUCGGCCUACGCCAACUACACCCAGCACCUGCUCGACGCCUCCUUGGCCCUCGCGCAGCGCCAGAUGGCCGCCAAGAUGGUGAUCCAUUUCACGGGCGACAUCGGCCAGCCGCUGCACUGCGAGAACCUCGACGUCGGCGGCAACGACGUCGUCGUCACCUUCAACGGCACCAAGACGAACCUGCACGCCGCUUGGGACACCAGCAUCCCGGAGUCCAUCGCCGGGGAUGGGAAGAACGUGCUGACCGUUGCCAAGCCGUGGGCGGCGGCGCUCACCAAGGACAUCAAGUCGGGCGAGUUCAGCGCCGACGCGGCCGGGCCCUGGGUUUCGAACAUCGACCUGGAGGACCCGGAGGCCACGGCGCUAGCGUGGGCGGCGGAGAGCAACGCCUUCGUGUGCACGGUCGUGAUGCCCAACGGCCUGGAUGCGGUAGAGAAGAAGGAAAUCGGCGGCGCGUACACGACGAGCGCGAAGUCGACGGUGAGCAUGCAGAUCGCGAAGCAGGGGUACAGGCUCGCCAAGUGGCUGGAUGCCAUCGUCGCCGAGUUGGCUUGA